UCAUAAUCAAAGGGGCGGAGUCACCCCGGCGGCGGUGAAGGCGGUGUGACACCUGCUAGCUUUUCAAAUGAAACCUCUGUUGUUUAACAGAGUCUUUCGGUUCUGUAGUUUUUCAUCGAGGAGGACGGAGGUCCACGGAGAAAAACACCAGCAGACAUGUCGUACUGCAAACAGGAGGGUAAGGAUCGGAUCAUCUUCGUGACCAAGGAAGAUCAUGAGACCCCCAGCAACGCCGAGCUGAUAGCAGACGACCCUGAAGACCCAUAUGAGGAGCGGGGCCUUAUUUUGCCCAGCGGAGAGAUCAACUGGAACUGCCCCUGCCUGGGCGGCAUGGCCAGUGGACCCUGUGGCUCUCAGUUCAAGGAAGCGUUUUCAUGCUUUCACUACAGCAAAGAAGAGGUGAAAGGCUCCGAGUGCAUCGAACAGUUUCGAGGCAUGCAGGAGUGCAUGCAGAGAUACCCCGACCUCUACCCCCAGGACGAAGAUAAAGAAAACUCUUCCCAAGCUGAAUCGAGCUCUGCUGCUGAUGACAACUCUGCUCUCUUGCCUGAGAAUGACCCCACAACAGAGACAUCUGAAGUUUCUGGUGACAAAAUGUCAUCUACGGUUAAGCAGACGGCUAGCUAAAGCCACCACACCAUCACAGAGGGACUCUUAUUGAGAAAAAAAAAUAGAAGAACAUUGUGACUGAUUUUCUUUUGAGCAGUAAAAGCUGAUUAACUACCGACACAUUUGAAGCAGGGAUUUGAGUCAUCAGACUGGACCUGCAGCAGCAGGUUAUCUUGCUGUCAUUUUGGUUAUUGGAGCCCAUCACGAGCACACUAACCAAACCAAUAUCAGUUAAAGCUAAAAUGGCUUGAUAUUUUAUUUUUUUUUUUUACUACACAUGCUUUGAUGCGUAGCAUCAACAGUGUUUUUUGCCACUUGAAACCAAAAACAAGGAGAAGAUCAAGGCUGCUGUAAACCGUCUUGUGAUGUAGAUGUUCUGAUGUUUCUGUGCUCAUUGUCCAGCAGAAACGUCUAUCCCUGCAAAGUGCUGCAGGCAAGAAUUGUGUAGCUUCCUUAAAGUUUUUGCUGUCUAGACAAAAAGUCAUUAGUUGGUUGUUGAAAUGACCUUCAUAGUGUCUGUGAGUAAUACUGAUCUGUGUUGAACUGGACAACUUUUAUUUGUUUUCCACCAAUUGCUUCAAGGAAAAGUUCAUUACGUAUUGUCUAAUAUGUGUUUAUUAGUCCACAACAGAAGAAUAAAAAAAACAAUGAUAGGCCAGGACUUGACAUUUAGAUCAGGGAGC